AUGAACAAUAGAUAAUUUAAAACAGUGUUUUUAGGAAGUUCAAAUGUGGGAAAAAGUUGCAUUGUAAAAAGGAUAGUCGACUAAUAAUACGAUGGGAAGAUAGAACCAACAGUUGGAAGUUCCUUUCAAUCUAAAACCAUUAACAUAAAUGGAGAAGAUAUAACAUUCCAAUUGUGGGACACAGCAGGUCAAGAAGCUUUUCGUGCCCUUACGAAAAUAUAUUUUCGAUGUAUUCGUUUGAACUUGAUAUAUAGAAUGGUAGAAUCCUAAAUUGCCAUCUUGGUGUAUGACAUUACAAAUAAGGAUUCUUUUCGCAGUUUAGGGAGAUGGCAUGAAGAUCUAAAAGAGAAUUGCGAUGGAAAGGGGAUGAUUUUGGCAUUAUGUGGGAAUAAAGUUGAUUUGGAGAAUGAAGUUGUCACGUAUACGGAAGCUAAGAAAUUUGCAGAUUCAAUUGAUGCUGAGCUAUUUUUAGUAUCUGCAAAGACUGGAUAAGGAAUAGAAGGUUUGAUAUAAAUAAAAUAUCGAGGAAAUGUUCGAUAAAGUUGGUACCAUGGCAUCCCAAAUGGAAUUAGAGAAUCCUAAAUUUGUUAGAGGUACAUCUAAAAGUCUGUAUUAAGUUUAACAGAAAAACAAAAAAUGCUGCUGA